AUGCCAAUCAAGCUUCCCAAAGGCUUCGCCCGACGAAAAUCGUCUGGCAACGCUCUAGAGGAAGUGGAAAACCCUCCUCAGUCUUCAUUCAGGGUUUUUGAGCGACCGUCUGGUGACAAAAAGUCCUUCGGUGAUGGCAACCUAGUGUCGAAGAGGUUAAGCGAAGGCCAGCCUUUGUACUCACCAUCGGAAGAUGACAAUAACAUUUUCGCUGCGCAUAAAUCCCAGCCUCCCAAGAACCUAAAUUUCUACGAAGGCACACCGUCUGCUCGAGUACGUCCGUCAACGCGCCAGUCAGCAGACGGGCCAUCUCAACCUGAGCUUCAAUCCCCACAUACUCGAAACCUAUACGAUAUACCGAUACCUCCCCUGUCCGGUGCAAUUCGUGCUGCUGGCCGUACCUUUUCCUUCGGUGGGAGAUUCUCGAAGGCCCCUGUGCCGACUCCUCCACCCCAGCCGUCUACGCCUGGUCCCUCAAGAAGCAGAGCAAUGACAACCAGCACGUCGAGUACUGCUACACCGCCAAGGCUCCCAGAAACCCAAUUACAGAUUGGUAAAAUUGAAGACGACUUUCAAAACAUGUUUGGCGAUUUUGAGAAUCGCCACGGUGUGCAGAAGGAUUUAUCCUCUCAAAAUAAACCAGGCUCACCUGGACCGUCAACCCGACCAGAUGCCUUCACCCGCAAGGAAGACAAGAUCUCGCGCCCGUCACCAAUUGACACUGAUCGAUCAAGAGAAGUGGAACCUUCUCCGUAUUCCUGGGACAGCCGGCACUCGGAAGAGGGUCUCCUCACCACGCUCGAUUCGCCUAUCGAACAACUAGGAGCUGGGCCAGACCACCGCGAUACUAAUACAAUCUCUAUUGGAGAACGGCGCAAGUCUUCAGCUCUGUCUAAUGCAGUCCCUUUAGCGACAACUUCCCAUCGCUCCUUGGCAAAACCUCGAACCGUAGCGGAUGGAGGACUGAGAAGAAGUGGGAUAUACUCCAGCAAACGGGAUUCUGAACCCAUUGAAGACGAAGAUGCUAAGCUGAUCAGAGAUUCUGUUUACUCGACCCAGAGAAGCUCUCAGGCAGUAUUCGCGUCUGACCAAGAAGGCUCUGAUGCCGAAAAUGACGCUCCUCUUUUUGGUCAUGGAGAUACAAACGUGUUUCAUACUCAUCAUCAUCGAAAAUCCCAACCGAAAGAAUCAUUGAACUCACCCACCCUUUCAGAUCAUCACCUCGACUUCUCAAUUGCAGCACAUGCUCGCUUGGCUGAACAGUACGAGAAAGCUCAGCCAGUGCCGGCUCCGUUCUCGAACAAAGUUAUGACUCCUUCCCAGUUCGAACAUUAUCGCCAGCAGCAGGAGCUUAGAAGGUCGAAUAGUCACGCCUCGAAGAGCGAGAAUUCCGCCGAGAGUGACUAUGAGGAGGAGGAUGAGGUGGAGAAGGAUCGCGAAGCAGAUAGACAACGGCGAAAACAAGAGGCUCACUUGUCUGUUUACCGACAACAAAUGAUGAAGGUGACCGGCCAGGAUUCUCCGGCACCAGCUCUGAGACCUGCUAUGGAUCGAGCUAGUAAGAGUGCACCAAAUCUAUUACACCCGGGAAAUAUAUCAGGGAGUGGCAAAAGCAGUGAUGGGGACGGGGACGAAGAUGAGGAAAUCCCUCUAGGGAUUUUGGCUGCCCACGGGUUUCCCAACAGAAACCGGCCUCCAACUCGUCUAACACCGUCUAACUCUAUACCAAAUCUUCGUGCUUCUUUCCAACAGCCGUAUGUGUCGUCACCUGGAUCUGUUGCAGAGCACGACGUCAAUAACCGCGGUAGUUUGCCUGUCUUCGCUCGAAACCUGCCACGGGAUCCUUAUUUUGGUGCAAGCCUGGUGAAUCCUUCCAACAGGGAGUCUCUGGCUCUGGGAGGAGGUGCAUCAGUUCACGGUGGGCCCUCUCCAGCGCUGCCCCCCGGAGGAUUAGUAGGUGUCAUUGCAACGGAGGAGCGAGCAAGAGCAAUGAGACGAGGAAGCCCUAACACCCAAGCCAUGUACGACUUCCAAGCUGGGAUGUCUGUGCCGCCUGCCCAUCCUGGUGGCGUCCCAAGACCAUACACGAUGAUGAAUUUGAGCUCGGCCAAUACGGCUGGUAUGCAACCCACGGUCUCCGCAACAGAACAGGCACAAAUACAGCUGUCUCAGCAGAUGACGCAAAUGGUCCAGAUGCAAAUGCAAUGGAUGCAGCAGAUGAUUCAGAUCCAAGGUGGACAGAGUAAUCAACUCAUGCUCCCCGGAGGAACCCCACCCACGCUGAAUGCUAAUGUGAAUGUACGGCCAUCGUCCAUGCCGUCUGCUGGCAACAUCAACAACGCCCCUGGUGUCUAUCAGAGCGAUCAGCGGACGCUGAGCAUGCUUGAUCCCAACGCCUCUUCACGUCUCAAUAGUACAGCCAUGCCAUAUGCAUCGGGUGGUCUCAGGCCCAGCACACCAGCAGGGAAAGGCUAUGCGCCGUCCAUUGCUCCCUCGGAACGCAGCAAUGUUGGUCUCGCGCCUCGUUAUAGGCCAGUCUCAACAAUGCAGCCCGAAUUUGGGAGUACAAACGCCUCUUUCAUGUCGAAACCAUGGAAUGAUGAAAACCCAAGAUCAUCGGUCUCAGUUACCACCCCGGCCGGGUCACAUAUGUCGAGGGCCGCCAUUCAUCCAGUGACAAGUGAUAGCAGGCCAGUUGACACUGGGAAACCGAACACUGGUACCGAGCCUGACGAUGAAGACGAUGACGAAGGCUGGGCCGAAAUGAUGAAGAAACGAGAAGAUAAACGCAACAACUGGAAGAUGAAGAAAGAAACAUCGAGCUUCGGUGACCUACUAAAUGCUGUGCAUUGA